CUUCUUUCUUUCAGGAGAAUUCUGGGGAGAUUUCUUACUCUUUCAAUCCUCAAGUAUGGAGCAGCACAGUGGACCUGUGCACUAAAACAGCUCCCACUUUCAAACUUCAUGUUCCAGGAUGAACCAUGAGCAAAGGUUGUGAGGGCCUGUUUCUAUCGUCUUGUUGUUCAGUGAGGCAGUGAGCUCACGGUGGAAACAGCAUGCAUGUGACGACAUAUCCCAUGAUGCACUCGGCCAGUCCAGGCCUGCUCCUCCUCAGCUUCCUCUUCCUCGCCGAUGCCGACUCACCCCCCAAGUUUACACGAACCCCAGAAGAUCAAACAGGAGUCCAGGGGGGAGUAUCCUCCUUUGUGUGCCAGGCCGCAGGGGAUCCACAGCCCAAGAUUGUCUGGAACAAGAAAGGCAAAAAAGUCAGCAACCAGAGAUUUGAGGUAAUAGAGUUUGACGACGGGUCCGGCUCGGUCCUAAGGAUCCAGCCGCUCAGGACCCCGAGAGAUGAGGCUAUUUACGAAUGUCACGCCUCUAACUCUGCAGGAGAAAUCACUGCUUCAACCCGACUGAGUGUACUAAGAGAGGACCAGCUGCCCUCGGGGUUCCCCACCAUUGACAUGGGUCCCCAGCUGAAAGUGGUUGAGCGUUCUCGAACCGCCACUAUGCUCUGUGCUGCUAGCGGUAACCCUGACCCAGAAAUUACCUGGUUCAAAGAUUUCCUGCCAGUCAACACGUCCAAUAACAACGGACGAAUCAAACAGCUCCGCUCAGAGUCCUUUGGUGGCACGCCCAUACGAGGUGCCCUCCAGAUAGAGAUGAGUGAGGAGUCCGACCAGGGGAAGUACGAGUGUGUUGCCACCAACAGCGAUGGGACGCGCUAUUCCACGCCAGCUAACCUCUAUGUCCGAGAGCUGCGAGAAGUGCGUCGUGUCCCCCCUCGCUUCUCCAUCCCCCCAGCGGACAGCGAGAUCAUGCCAGGUGGGAACAUCAACAUCACCUGUGUGGCCGUGGGCUCCCCCAUGCCGUAUGUGAAGUGGAUGCUGGGAGCAGAAGAUCUGACGCCUGAGGAUGACAUGCCCAUCGGCCGCAACGUCCUGGAACUGACCGACGUACGCCAGUCCAACAAUUACACAUGCGUCGCCAUGUCGACACUUGGCGUGAUUGAGGCGGUGGCACAGAUUAUUGUGAAAGCUCUGCCGAAGGCCCCAGGUAACCCUGUGGUGACGGAGAGAACUGCAACAAGCAUCACACUCACCUGGGAUUCUGGGAACCCUGAGCCUGUCUCCUACUACAUCAUACAGCACCGUGCCAAAGGCUCUGAGGACCCCUACAAAGAGAUUGAUGGCAUCGCCACAACGCGCUACAGCGUGGGCGGUCUCAGCCCCUACUCCCACUACGACUUUCGGGUGGCGGCUGUCAACACCAUCGGCCAGGGCCCCUCCAGCGAGGUGGUGGAGGCUCGCACAGCCGAGCAGGCCCCCUCCUCACCGCCCCGACAGGUCAGAGGUCGUAUGCUGAGCACCACAACAGCAAUCAUCCACUGGGAUGAACCAGAGGAGCCUAACGGACAGGUGGUGGGCUACAGAGUCUACUACACCUCCGAUAACACGCUGCUAGUCAACCAGUGGGAGAAGCAGAUGGUGCGCAGCGCCAACUUCAUCACCAUCCAGAGCUUGACUCCUAACAAGACUUAUUACAUCAGAGUGAUGGCCUUCACCUCUGUAGGAGACGGACCUCUGUCCCAGGACCUGCAGAUUAUAGCCAAGACUGGAGUCCCAUCCCAACCAUCAGAUUUUAAGGGUGAAGCCAAGUCUGAGACCAGUAUCCAGCUGUCCUGGGUGGCCCCACCCCAGGGUGGCCCCGACAACCAGAUCACAGGAUACGAGCUGGUGUACCGACGAGCUGACGACACAGAGGAGAAGAAAGUAAGCUUUGAGCCUGUCACCUCCUACCUGUUGAAGAACCUGAAGCCUUUCUCCACCUACACCUUCCAGCUGGCUGCAAAGAGCAAGCAUGGAAUUGGGGCGUACACGAACGAAGUGUCCAUCGACACACCGCAGACGCUUCCUUCGGCACCUCCUCAGGACAUCACAUGCACCAGUCCCAGUUCUACCAGCAUCUUGGUAAGUUGGGCCCCGCCUCUCCUGGAGUUUCAGAACGGAGUCAUUACCGGAUACUCCAUCCAGUACUCCACUACCGAGGGCAACAAAAUGUCUAAAAGAGUUGAUGGAGUUCCUCCGGAAAGUUCUUCGUAUCUACUGGAAAACCUAGAGAAAUGGACUGAGUAUGGCAUUACUGUACGGGCUCAGACGGAAGCCGGGGAAGGACCAGAGAGUUUACAGCUGCUUAUCCGCACCGAGGAAGAUGUUCCAAGUGGUCCUCCGCGAGGGGUGGAGGCAGAGACUGUGAACGCCUCGGCCGUUAGGGUGAAAUGGCGAGCACCAGCGCCCGAACGGCAGCACGGUCAGGUCCGAGGAUACCAAGUCCACUAUGUGAGGGUGAACAACGGAGAACCUCAGGGUCAGCCGUUCAUCAAGGACAUCCUCAUAGAGGACUCUCAGUGGGAAUAUGAUGACUCAGCUGAAUAUGAGGUGGUUCUUGGAGACCUGAAGUCAGACACAGCCUACUCUGUAUCAGUGGGGGCUUACACUGCUAAGGGCGAUGGCGCUCGCAGCAAACCUGUUACCGUCUGUAGCGCCCUGCCAUUGCCUGAAAAACCCAAAUUGACGGUGAGUGCCACUGAUUCAGGUACUGCUUUGCUUCAGUGGUACCCACCUCCCAACCAGCCCACCCCUCUCCUCGGGUACCGCCUCACAUUCGGCCGCAUCGAUGUCCUUCCCUUCACGGUGGUGGAGUUCCCGACCAAGGAGAACAGCUACACCGCCCAGGACAUCCACAAGGGAGCUAACUAUGUGUUCAGACUCUCCUCCCGUAACAAAAUGGGCUACGGAGAGGAGGCUGUAAAGGAGUUGACUACUCCGGAAGACGCCCCAAGUGGAUACCCAGAACAUAUCAUCCUAGAGGAGGCUUUUGCCACCUCCCUCCGACUGGCAUGGAAAUCAGUCCCACUCAUUGAGCGAAAUGGGAAAAUAAUGAAGUACUCGUUGCUGUUCAAGGAUAUAAACAGUCGAGGGAACGCCUCAGAAGUUGUGGUACCCAAUCCAGGGUUGAGUGUUUUGUUCGAGGGUCUGAGUGCCGACACUGUGUAUGAUGUCAGGUUGUGCGCGUUCACAGCUGUUGGCCCGGGGCCGUACAGCCCCAGCGUUCAGUUUAGGACGCAGCGGCUAGACCAAGUUUUUGCCACCAACUUCAAAGUGAAGGCUGCCAUGAAGAACUCUGUUCUGCUGUCCUGGGAGAUCCGAGACAAGAACCCUUCCCAGCCAUUUACUAUCCUGUAUGGAAAGGGCGAGUCUGUGGAAGUGGAUGGGAAGCUGACCCAGAAGCUGAUCACUGGCUUGGAACCAGACACGCAAUACUCCUUUUUACUCACUAACCGGGCCAACAGUGCGGGGGGGCUGCAGCACCGCGUCACCGUCACCACCGCCCCAGACAUCCUGAAAACCAAACCUAUGGUGGUGGGAAAGACCAACGCUGACGGCAUGGUGACAGUGCAGCUGCCCACUGUGCAGACCACCGCCAAAGUCAGGGGUUACUAUGUGGUGGUGGUGCCGCUGAAGAAGCAGAGAGCAGGGAAGUUUCUGAAUCCCUGGGAGGAGCCCGACCAGAUGAACCUGGAUGAGCUCCUGAAAGAGAUCAACAGGACCAGCGUCAGUCGAGCCCUCCGUGUCCGCAGACAGGCUGGCCAAUCAGAACCUAGAGCUUAUGUCAGUGCUCAUUUUAAGACCCUCCCCCUGGAGUUCACACUAGGAGAUGGCCGAAACUACGGUGACUUCCGCAACCGUCCACUGCAAAACGGACAGGAAUAUGUUUUCUUUGUGCUUGCGCUGCUAGACCUCUCUGAGAACACUAUGUACUCCACCAGCCCCUAUUCGGAUCCUGUGACCUCAUCGGAUGUGGACCCUCAGCCAAUCGUUGACGAGGAAGAGGGUCUACUGUGGGUGGUUGGGCCUGUGUUGGCUGUCAUCUUCAUCGUCUGCAUCGUCAUCGCCAUUCUCCUCUUCAAGAGCAAACCUGACAGGAAAAGGGCCGAGGCUGAAGGCAGGAAAGCCAGUUUCCCCUGCAGCAAAGCCAUGUCGUCCCACAAUCCCACUGACCCUGUGGAGCUACGCAGAAUCAACUUCCAGACUCCAGCCUACCGUGUAUCAGUGUACCGCGGUUAUCGCCGUUUGUCAAGCAUGGCAAGUCACCCGCCUGUCCCCAUCUCUGAGCUGGCAGAUCACACUGAGCGCCUCAAGGCAAACGACAAUCUCAAGUUCUCCCAAGAGUACGAGUCCAUCGACCCCGGUCAGCAGUUCACAUGGGAGAACUCCAACUUGGAGGUCAACAAACCAAAGAACCGCUAUGCUAACGUCAUUGCCUAUGAUCACUCCAGAGUCAUACUCUCCAGCAUUGAGGGUGUCCCCGGCAGUGACUACAUCAAUGCUAACUAUAUUGAUGGCUACCGCCGACAGAAUGCCUAUAUUGCCACCCAGGGGUCCCUACCUGAGACUUUUGGGGAUUUCUGGAGGUUGGUCUGGGAGCAGCACACAGCGAACAUUAUAAUGAUGACCAAGCUGGAGGAGAAAUCACGGGUGAAGUGUGAUCAGUACUGGCCAACACGGGGCACAGAGACCUACGGCCUCAUCCAGGUCACUCUGCUGGACACAGUGGAGCUGGCCACCUACUCUGUCAGGACCUUCGCUCUCUACAAGAGCGGCUCCAAUGAGAAGCGUGAGGUUCGUCACUUCCAGUUUACCGCCUGGCCAGACCACGGGGUACCUGAACAUCCCACCCCCUUCCUGGCCUUCCUACGCAGGGUCAAGGCCUGCAACCCACCAGAUGCGGGUCCCAUGGUCGUCCACUGCAGUGCUGGAGUGGGUCGUACAGGUUGCUUCAUAGUAAUCGACGGCAUGGCCGAGAGGAUCAAGCAUGAGAAGACCCUCGACAUUUACGGCCAUGUCACGCUGAUGCGCUCCCAGAGGAACUACAUGGUCCAGACGGAGGAUCAGUACAUCUUCAUUCAUGACGCAUUGCUGGAGGCCGUGACCUGCGGGAACACGGAGGUCCCGGCCAGGAACCUGUACUCCUACAUCCAGAGGCUGACGCAGAUCGAACCAGGAGAGAAUGUCACCGGCAUGGAGGUGGAGUUCAAGUCUCCUGCUGACAAUUCUCUGGUGCUCAAAAGUCCCAGUUCAUUCAGUCCACAAAGCUUCCAUAACAUGGAUUUGUAG